AUGUCCGAAUCAACUAUUACUUCCAGACCCCCAGUUCAGGAUCGAGAAGUCCUUGAAUCUCUGCUGAAACACAGAUUUUUCUACGGUCCUUCUUUCGAAAUAUACGGCGGUGUUUCUGGAUUGUACGAUUACGGUCCAGCUGGUUGCGCCUUACAAGCCAACAUUAUCGACACUUGGCGUAAACACUUCGUGCUUGAAGAAGAUAUGCUUGAGGUCGAUUGUCCUGCUUUGACUCCCUACGAUGUUCUUAAGACUUCUGGUCACGUUGAUAAAUUUGCCGAUUGGGUUUCUCGUGAUUUGGCUACUGGUGAAAUCUUCCGUGCGGAUCACUUGGUCGAGGAAGUGCUUGAAAGCCGCCUCAAGGGUGAUAAGGAAGCUCGUGGUGUCGUAGAAUCAACCGACCCUGCCAAGGAAGAAAAAGACAAAAAGCGCAAGAAGAAGGUUAAGGAGACCAAGGCUAUCAAACUUGAUGAUGAAACUGUUGCUGAGUAUGAGUCAAUCUUGGCCCAAAUUGAUGGCUACUCUGGCCCUCAAUUGGGUGAGUUGAUGGUAAAGCACAAGAUUGUUAAUCCUACCACUGGUGGAGAAUUGGAAGCUCCAAGGGAAUUCAAUCUUAUGUUUGAGACAGCCAUUGGCCCCUCUGGUCAAUUGAAAGGUUAUCUUAGGCCUGAAACUGCCCAGGGUCAAUUUUUGAACUUCUCCAAACUACUUGAAAGUAACAACUCCAAGAUGCCAUUCGCAUCAGCUUCUAUUGGUAAAUCAUUUAGAAACGAGAUUUCUCCUCGUGCUGGUUUACUUCGUGUUCGAGAAUUUUUGAUGGCCGAAGUCGAACAUUUCGUCGACCCUAACGAUAAAUCUCAUGCUCGUUUUGAUGAAAUUAAGGAUAUUCGAUUGAGAUUAUGGCCCAUGGAUGUUCAAGCUCAAGGUAAAACUGAUAUCAGCGAACUUUCUAUCGGCGAAGCUGUUUCAACUGGUAUGAUUGACAACCAAACUCUCGGUUAUUUCCUUGCUCGAAUUUACCUCUUCAUGAUUAAGAUCGGUAUCGAUCCCAAGAGAAUGAGAUUUAGACAACACAUGGCCAAUGAGAUGGCACACUAUGCUGCUGAUUGUUGGGAUUGUGAACUGCAAUCUUCUUAUGGUUGGAUUGAGUGUGUUGGAUGUGCUGACAGAUCUGCUUAUGACUUGACUGUGCACUCUGCCCGUACUAAAGAAAAGCUCGUUGUCCGUCAAACCCUCGACGAACCGGUUACCGUUGAAUCAUUUGAGGUGGAGUUGCAAAAGAAGAAGUUUGGUCCUAAGUUCCGUAAGGAUGCUCCUAAGGUGGAAGAGUUCUUGCUUAGCCGUACAGAAUGUGAACGUGAGAACCUCGCCCAAGAACUCAAAGACACGGGUAAAAUCGUUUUUGAGGUUGCCGGAAUUGAUGGCAAGAUCGAACUUGACUCAUCAUUUAUCACUAUUGAAAAACGUACUAGAGUUGAACAUAUUAGAGAGUACACUCCUAAUGUAAUUGAACCCUCAUUUGGUAUUGGACGUAUUCUUUACUCACUAAUUGAACACUCUUUCUGGACUCGUCCCGAAGAUGCUCAACGUGGUGUUUUAUCCUUCCCACCAACUGUUUCUCCUACCAAGGUUCUUGUCGUCCCCCUUUCCAGCAAUGCAGAAUUCACUCCCAUCGCUCGUGAACUGGUUUCCAAGCUUAGACGUCUUGGCAUUCAAUCCAAGGUCGACGACUCAUCCGCCUCUAUUGGUAAGCGUUACGCUCGUAAUGACGAGCUUGGUACUCCUUUCGGUAUUACUAUUGAUUUCCAAACCGUCAAGGAUGGUUCUUUAACUAUUCGUGAACGUGAUUCAACCAAGCAAGUCCGUGGCAGUCAAGAUGAAGUGCUUGAGGCACUCCGCUCUUUAAUUUUUGAUGGUGUUUCCUGGGAGUCGGGAACAUCACACCUUGCUACAUUUGUCUCUCAAGAUAUUGAGUAG